AUGGUUUUGACUGGGCUGGUGAUCCCAGAUUCUUUAAGUCAAGAGAAUGAUAGACUUAAAAAUGACUUAGCUUGUGCUAAAGAGAUUGAGGAGUAUCUUAGGAAUGAAUUAGCUGAGAAUGAAUUCAAGCUUAAGGCUUAUAAGAACUCUUCCCAAGUAGUCCAGAACAUCUCUGAGAAGAACACUAAGAACAACAAGAUAAGCAUUGGUUAUGACUAUGGUAGGAGACUUGGUAACGAAACUAUAUCUGCCCGUGUAGGUGAUGAUACUGUCAAACCAAACAUUUUCAAAAAGGAAGAUUUACUCAUCAAACAAGAACUGAAUGAUGAGGAUGAAAAGUGUGACAAUAGCAUUGUUGUAGAGAACAAAAUUGUCAAAAGACCCGUGACAGUUAACUCUUCAAACAGUCAGACAACACGUUCAAAAAAUGUUGUCAACAAAGCUGAGACAUAUUCUUUUAAAGGAAUUGUCAAGAGGAAAACUAAGAUAGUAACUUUUGUACCUGCUGUGAAGACAGUAGAAGCAAAAGAUGUUGUCAAGGAAAUUGGGGAGAUCUGCAGAUCUGUUCUUGUAUUUGAUUCUAGUGGUUGUGGCGGUGAUGGAGAUGGUGGAGGUGGCUGUGGAGAUGAAGGUGAGGACGACGGAGGUGGAGGUGACGCAAUUGGAGGUGGUGGAGGAGGAGAAAGAGAAGGUGGAGGUGGAGGAGGGUUGGAUUCAUUGGUUGUAGAUACGGUGGAGGCAGACAUGAGGGGCGGCGGACAUGAAGGGGCGGCAGACAUGGAUGGGGUGGCGGCAUGA